AACUAACAACGUUUCCAAGUCGAGGCGACAGAACUCAAGCAACAAUGUCGUACAGCGUAAACACAAGUCCAUUAGCGACCUACAACAGCCUUGCUGAUGAACAUUUGGCACAGUACUAUACUAAUCCAAGGAUAAGACGUCAUUUGCUGCGCGCCGGAUUGAUCACGCGUGACGGAUGUAUUGUGGAUGAGUUGACUUAUCGAGAGAAUGUGGCUCGAAGAGAGCAUCAGGACCACGUUAGGAAUUUGCUUGCUCAGACGAUUAUUGAUAAGGCACUUGAUAUAGAGAGAACGAGACAGAACGAAAUCAAGAAGAAACUGGAGGAAUUCAACAAGUUGGAAAUGGUCAGACGAGUGAAGGAUAGGAAAUUGCGUCGUGGUGAUGAAGAUUUUCUAACUCUUCUGACGCCUCACAUGAUGCCCACCCCACCAGUUGCGCCUUCACCGAGGGAGAAAGGUGGAAAUCAUCGAAGGCAGCGCAAAGUCUCGGACGAAUCUAAACAACUUCACGACAGUCUUGUAGGGAGUCCUUACUCUAUGUCACCCGCACCAAAUGGAAGGGCUACAGGAUUUCUCUCCGAGAGCGAUGGUUGGCAACUUCGCAGAGUCAAUUCUUCACCUCCUGCCUUCAAGAGGAAGAAAAGAAGACCCAAGACUGCACCAACGCUGUCUAGUACAGAACCGCUAUUAUUCAAGCGAACACAGACUCAAUCUUUGGCAAGAGUCACUCUCCGUUAUCUUGGCAGCACUUUGCAUCUGGAAGGAUCACUGGAGAGUCAAGAUGCAGAUAUUACAGUCAUUCAACAACAUGGUGGUGGAAGCAGUUUGUGCGUUUUCAGAGGGCCCGUACUGCCUAAUUCUAAGUUUGUGUUCACAAGUAAACGAAGUCGUGGAACGCCGUUUGGUAUCACCAUAUAUGUUGGUGGAAUGCUCAAGUCGAGAUUAAGCACUUGCUGUGAAUACAAGUACAAACCAGGUCAUCUGUUAGGUGGAAAGCAGUCUCAGUUUCAGUUGAUUCAAGUCUCAGAAGCAGCACCUUGUUACAAAUGUCAGGCUGAAGCGGAAUUAAAUGCACCGAGUCACUGGGAAUUGAAGCAACCGAGAAAAAAGGCACAUUCUGUUGGGCCGACAAUGAGACAUCAGUCUGGUGAAGAAUCGGAGGAUUUGGUGACGUGGAUGAAUGGUGACGUGAAAGCUGAUGAAAAGAGUGAGGUUGAUGUUGAUGAGGUUCUCAAACGUUUUCGAUCAGCAAGAUAUGAUGGUAAUGAUGAUGACGAUGAAUUUGAGGGCAUUGAUUUGGACGUGACUAAAGCUGUUAGUGUUGCAGCAUCGGUUAAUGCCACUCCUUCGCCGUCUCGUAGCAACAUGUACAAUACCCAAUCUCAACUUCCUGUUCCUGUCAUAGCAGUCCAGCAGGCAACUCCUCUACCAAGUGAUGCUGAGGGUUCUGAAUCAGAGAACGAAGUUGCAUCAUCUGCGGUUGCUUCUCAGGAAGCUGCACUGGAAGAGAAAAGAGAUGUUGAUCAAGAUGAUGCUUCUGGUUAUUUAUCAGAUAAAGAGGAAGAAAGCGACGACAAUCAAGAAGAUAAAAAUGCAGAUGAACGUGACCAAGCAAGGCCGGCUUCAAACCUUGGCAGGCAUAGCCCACGGGGAAGACGACCGUCUUCUGCAUUAUCGUCAUCAUCAUCGUCAUCGUCGUCAUCUCACAGAAGUCAUUCUGGUGAACAUUCAGACAGGAAUUACAAUAACAAUGAUGCUGAUGGUGUUAACGAUAAUGCUGGAGAGGAAGCGGUAAUACAGGCUAAGGAGGAUACUGAGGUGUAUGAUUAUACCGACUUUGAGGACGAUGAAGAGAAAAUGCAAUCAUCUGAAGAUGAAACUCUACCAAAUAAAGAAACAGAAACAACAGAUGUAAAAGAAGAAAGACAUGCUUCUAAAUCAGACAAGGACAGGGUUGCAGAAGAGCUUGCUGAUGAUGUAGAACAAGGAAGAGAGAUUGAAUCAGAUCACGUUCAGACAGGAUCAGGAGAAGAUUUGCAGAAACACCUUGAGGCAACAGAAUCAGUAGAAGAUGAUGAACCUGACGUAGCUCAAUUACAAGUAGCAGAAGAUAACCCCGAGUCCAAUGUUUCUAUUGAAGGCACAGAACAACAUAAUGAACCGCUGAGUAUGGAAGGAAGUGCAACAGGUGAUGUUGGUGAUGCCAAGCAGCAGACUGGCAAUGGUGAUGACCAGCAGACUGAGACAGAACGUGAUAAACAAGAAUUAGAGACAGAGGUGACUGUUGACAAAGAAGCAGAUGAAGGGACCAGAGUAGAAGACAAUAAGCUUGAAGAAGAAGGUGAACCACAAGUAGAAACGUUAGAGCAAGGCAAGAAUGGAGUCGAUGAGGAACAAGACAAUAAGAUUGAAGAAGAAAGUAAUGCACAAGGAGAAACGUUGGAGCAAGUGAAGAAUACAGUGGAUGAGGAACAAGUUGUACAAGAAACAGAAGAAACGUCUGAAUUAGCAGGCAAAGCAGACACAGAUAAUGAAUUAGAAAAGAAGGCAACCCAGGAGGAAGCUGAAAGCCAUCAAGAAAUAUUGGAAGAAGAAAAGAACAAAGAAACAGUGAAAAGUUUUGCUCAAGAAAUAACAGAAAUGCCCCGACUAGAAGAUCAGGCAAAUGAUCAACAAAUUCCAAUACAACAAAACGAACAAGAACAACAGCAGCAUGAAACUGAGGAGGAGAGUUUUGUGCCUAACGUAGAAGAGAAACAAACUGGUGCAUUAGAACUAGAACACAGAGAAGAUGAAGUGAGUGUCAAGCCAACAGAGACUGAAGAUGAGUCUACAGUGACACCAGACCUUGCAUCAGUGCAGACAGCUGAAACAACAGAAGACCCUGCAGAUAGUGAUCAGAACCACACGGCUGCCGCAUUGCAAGCUGUAGUUUUCAGCGAAAUGCCUUCAACUCAAGAUGCUGUAGAUAAUGUAUCAGAAGAAGAUAAGGUGAUUGUGAAGGAAGUUCAAGAUGCUGGUGCACCGAGUGAGGAAACACCAUCUGGUGAACAUCAAGAAGACUCUCUUGAACAAGCCAAUAGCUUGAAAGUUGAUUUUAGAGAAGCCCCAAUGUCUAGUCUUCAUGCACCUUUGCAGGAAAGGAGGAUGGUGAAGUCAGAAUCAAGUCUACCGCAAAUCAGUCUGAGCCGAUCUGAGCCUAGCGUCACUAGAUCCGUAACCAAUAUUGAAAGUCUUUUAACUAAUCAGAGUGAGUCAUCAGAAACGGAGGCACCAGAAGCUGAAGUAUCACCUGAUUCAACAGCUGAACGUGACAUUGUUCCGCCAUUGAAAACAAUGAUGUCUGCCAAGAGAUUGCUUCGACAGCCUGUAUCUGGGACAUCUCUCAAGUUGUCUGAUGAUGAAGCAAAUGAACAUUCAGAUGACAUCUUGAGUGAAUCAGACACAGCUGAAUCAAUAUUAAAUGAUAUAAUACCAGCACUCUCACCAGGCUCAGACAGCAAAGAGACAUCACCUGUUGAUGAUACGGGAAUGAAAUCUAUUGAUUCAGUUGCUACUGAAGGCCAUAAAUUAGCAGAACAAGACAAAGAUGUGGGUCACACUCCAACUACUUCGAAAGUAAUUCUUACACAGCCAAUCGCACAAAUACUGGAAGGCAAGACCGAAGCAGAGAUAAGCAAUGUUGCUCUCACCACAGAACAGGUGAGCGAGCUUGCAGCCAUCAUAGACAAACCAGAGACAUCCGUGAACACGGUUAGUUUAAGGAACAGUGCAGUUGGUGAUGAAGCCGUGUCUGUUCUCACUGAUGCAAUUAGCACAAACAAAGACAAAGUGCAGAUGCUAAACCUGAAUUUAAACAACCUGACACCAGAUGGUGCAAAGCAGAUUGCAAACAAUGUAUUGAGAAACAACACGUCUCUACAGUAUCUCCUGCUUCAUGGAAAUCCCAUUGGUGAUGAAGGAUUUUGUUACAUUGUGGAUGCUCUGGUGGCUACUGGACAUUCUGAUGUUGAAGUUACAGAUGACAUUGCAGAUCAGCCAACAUCCAGUACUAAUGAUGUCCCACAAGAGCAUAAAGAAAGGAGGAGCCAGCAGUCUUCAUCAUCAUCUUCUUCAUCAUCGGAUUCAUCUGAUGAAGAAGAAACGCAGAAGCCAGAGACUAAACCUAAGUUAGAAGCUGAGAGCAGUCAACGUGUUGCUCAAAUGUCAAGUCUGAUGUGUCUUGAUGUCGGUGACUGUAGUUUGACAAGUGAGAGUGCUCCACAUGUUGCUCGUCUGCUACACUCGAAUGGCACACUCACUGAACUAAAUCUUAGUGUAAAUCAUCUCUCGGCACUUGGUUGGAGAGAAAUUGCUCACACGUUACAAGGAAAUGCUACACUGUCAAGCUUGAGAUUGGACUAUUGUUCAAUGGGAGAUGACGGACUGGUUGAGUUAUGUGAUGCUUUUGCACACAACUCGUCCUUGAAAUCGCUCGACUUGGAAGGGAACAAUAUAACAGAGAGAGGAGCGUCUGUGCUGUUAGAAGCAUUGAAGGUCAACAAAUCAUUAGUGGAAGUGACUAUCGUGCAUGGAAACUCGAUUGAGAAGGCAACGUUGGACUCAAUACAAACAAUACUGAAAGAGCAUAAGAGGUCAAAUGAUCGGUAGGCUCAACAUUUGGUGCCUACAUUAUGUAUGUAGUUCAUAUAUUAUUAUGACACGUGACGCACUCACAAGUUCAUAAAAGUUCUGUAGUCGCAUUCUACUUAUAUCGUUCUCUACAAGAAGUAAUCGACAUGUUGCUGUUGAACAAAGACGAUUGUUGAAUAUUAAAGAUAUCAUUUAUACUGAUAGUUUGUAUUUCAUGUCCAGGAGUAUCUGCCUAUUCACUAAACCCUAGGACUUAACAAUAUCGGUCUUAGCCAAUUGUUGUCAAGAUACAGAUAUCAAAAUAUACAUUUACAACAUCAA